AUGAUGCUGCGGGUCUACGAUGACCUCCCGGAUCCAAGUGUGCGUCAGAAUCGGCACUCAUUGUCAGCAUGGGUGGUCGAGGGGAAGAAUCUGGCGUCUCGGGCUCAUACCCGAGCCAGCAUGCACAUCAGAAGGAAAUCGAACGCCCAGCACAGGAUUAGUGCGCCUUAUGACUUCCAAUAUGUGGGCGGAUUCCAGCCCCCGCCUGUGCCGUCUUUACCCAGGCAUUUUCGCCCACUGGAGCUCACUAUCCAUCACGGCGGCAAGCGACUAUCGGAUCUGCCCUCGUUCGAAGCCUUCAGCCUGGAAGACCGCCCCCAGCGCCAGACGCUGGCGGCACCCCCACGGGCGUUAUCUUCUGUUGAAUACCGAACGCGGCGCACUCAAUCAACAACAGCUGCACUCACCAUCCCGCGGAAGCCAACACCGUCUGCCUGGGAUACAGAAGAGCUUGUCGAGCAACCGGCCCCAGUGCGCGUCACCAGCGCGCUGAUCCCGCAUUUCUCAGUCGUCACUCCGGUCGUGAUCCUUCCCCCGCCGGUGGAUAUCCCAUCGCCCCUCUCUGACAAUAUGAGCCUAUAUUCCGAUCUGGUCAGCCCAUUCAGCCCGUACGGCUAUUAUCCAUCACCGGCGGAAAUCGAGGCGGCUACUCAAAUGAUACACGAUGCAAUAAUAUCUUCGACACCGGUCUCACCUAAAACUCCUUCUCCCAAAUCGGAUCUCGAGGAAGUCCAGCAGAUAGAGUCCCCAGAAAACAUCUUCCCCGCCCGCGUGACAGGCUGGUUCCAGCCCCAUCACCAUCGCAACAAUGAAGACCUGAGCACAUGCAACAAACAAACGGGCGUGCCAGGCGAAAAGGGAUUCACUUUCGACCGAACCCGCACAUCGAGCGGGUCCACCCUCGGAACGAGCAUCACAGCCACAGUUGGCCCUGACCGAACACGCCAUAACUCUUCCAUAUCCAGCACAAUGAGCAACACGCCUUCACUGCGCGGCUACUCCCCGUCCACAGAAAAGGAUCUCGAGGCUGGUAUCUCGCUCAGUCAUAGAAUCAGCACCCCGCGAAACAGCUACCCCACAAUCUAUGAGGACCACCAGCAGCAAUAUCCCCUUUCGGAGUAUGAGUAUCCGUCGUCAGAGGACUCAAAGCGGUGGAGUGGUACAGCUGUUGGGGUGGCUUUCUAA